AUCUGGCUUGAUUCCAGCUCUCCAAAGAAGGCCGGCUAGACCCCAUCACUUGCAGAAGUAAGCGGAUUAUGGGACCAGAGUUGCUUUGAUCUAUAACCAUCAGCAUUUUAUAAUUAUACUUUUAGUGGCCGGUCGAAAAACCCAGACGGCCAGACCCACACUCUCAAAGAUAUAAGAACUACUUGUACCAGAUUACAAUGGAAUAGUCAAAGUUUCUGUUGAUUCUGAACUUAUCACUAGUAAUACUAUUUCUGCUUCAAUGGACAGUGAUGAGAAAUUUGAAACAGGGGAAUCAAGUAAUAAACAAGUGAUGAAAAACCAAGAAAGAUCUUCUAGUUCUUUAGCAGAUUGUUCUAAGUAUCCCAUUAGAGAGAAUCCAACCAAAGGUACAUAUCGGCGAUCAUCCUCUAUGUCCUUGCCAAAAGAAUUUGCUGAUGCUGCAAUGGAAUUGGCAAUUAAAAGAGCUCUAAGUUAUGAAAGAGAAGAUGAGAAAAGUAUAUCCAUACUGAAGCCUGCUUCUGUGCAGAGUCGUCCAGGUAGCCCUUGGCAAUUUCUCAAGAUCCGCAAGGGAAUGCGCCGAAGAAAAUUCAUCAAUUCAGGCCGGAGAAAAGCCUCAACCGACAAUGGUUUAAAUGAGAUAACAACUUUGAAAGGCAAAAAUCUGCAAGAUCAAAAUUCGUCAUCUGAUGAGGAUUCCAGAGAUGAGCCGGAGCCAGUGACUCCUGACAUAAGAACUGACUUCAGUGCUUCUGCUUUCUCCAGCUGCGAACAUAAUACCCAGGGGAUCGCGAAAAAUAAAGAAAGUAAGUGCUUUUCGAGUAAAGGUCUGAGUAAAAAGUAUCAGCCUAAACUUUUUGAAGAUGUUAUCGGGCAUGAGAUCAUUGUUAAGGCUCUCUCUAGUGCUGUGCGGACGGAGAAUAUUACGCCUCUGUAUCUGUUGCAUGGACCGAGUGGCACUGGAAAGACAUCAGUUGCAAGAAUAUUUGCCAUGGCUUUGAAUUGUGAAUCUACUUCAUGUACCAAACCUUGUUGGAGUUGCAUAUGUUGUUCCAGAAGUCUUUAUAUCAUGGAUUUAUGCACUGGAAGUAGAACAGCUGGUUUCCAAAGAAUCAGAACACUUCUUCAAAGCACCACAUUCAUUAAAACAGUCUCCGGUUUUAAGGUUUUCAUCAUUGAAGAAUGUCACACACUACUGGUGGAUGCAUGGGAAGAAAUUUUAGAUGUAGCAGAGACAGGAGAUAGCACAAACAUUGUGUUCAUCAUGAUCACUGAUAAUGUGAGUACAAUGCCGAAGGCUAUAUUAUCAAGAUGUCAAAAAUUCUGCUUCUCAAACCUGAAAGACAUGGAUAUUAACUUGAAGCUAGCAAGAAUAGUGGCACGGGAGAAGAUAGGAAUUGAAAGGGAUGCGAUGAGAUUAGUCAUUUGUAAGGCACAAGGGUCCAUGAGAGAAGCAGAGAACAUAUUGGAUCAGUUGAUCCUGCUGGGAUCCAAAAUUACAACUUCCAUGGUUCAACAAAUUGUAGGUUUGGUGCCACAUAAUAAGCUUCUAGACCUACUCAAGGCGGCAAUUUCGUCGGAUACCAUCAAGGCUGCACGAUCCACAAGGGAGUUGAUAGUGUCAGGUGUUCAACCACAAACCCUCAUUUCGCAAUUGUCAUCUCUUAUCACUGUAAUCCUCUCAGGUGCUUCUGAAGCUGCUACAUCAUCAUCGGCUACUUCUUUAAAAGAUAAGAGACUUUUGAGAAAUGGAUCACAACUCACUAAUAAUCAGUCUCGGAGAUUAUCCCAUGCUCUGAAGAUAUUAGUUGAAACAGAAAAGCAAUUGAGCUUGUCGAAUGACCAAACUACAUGGGUUUUAGAAGCUCUAUUACAAAUUGCAUCAGAACAAGCUCCCAACAGAAUUUCCACUGACAUUGUUUCGACAAGAGAACCUUCAGAUGGCAAGUAUGCCACUGCAAACAAAGAGCACACAAAAAUUACCAUAAAUAACCAACAAACAAGCACAGAAAGCCUCCUCUAUGAGACUGAGAAAUGCUCUAGUACAAUAAUACGUAGAGAGGCGGAUUUCAUGCAGUUGGGCAAUAUGGAAGAUGUAUGGCAAAGCAUGUUAUGGAAAGUACAAAAUGGAUAUGUGAAAAAACUCUUAUGUCAGCAAGUGAAGCUAGCAUCAUUGACCAUAUGUAGUGGCAACGCCAUUGUGCACUUGAUUUUUGAGAAAGCGGAAGAUAAGCUGGCAGCUCAGAUGUCAGAGGGGACCAUUUCGGAAGCUCUGAGAAAUGCUUUUGGCCGCCCUGUUACAGUGAACAUGAGCUUAGAACCAACCCAGCUGAAAAUCAUCCAGGAACCCGGUGCCUCAACUGAUAAAUCUCAGGUCGAUUGUGGACAUGCUAGGCAAUGGCAAGGAUCACCACAUCUCCCAACUUCUGAUUCACCAGGCAGUCCAAAUGUUCGAUCAGUUGUAAUGGGUCGCAGCAAAAGUCAGAAGUCAUCGUGUAUGUUGGAAAACAACUUGAGGCCCACAAAGUUGCCACUUAUCAUAGAGACGUCUCAAAGCAGAGAAACCAAUUCGCCUGGAGAACAAGAAGCAAGAAUAGCUCGCCCUCAACAAGUCCUACCCUUUUCAGGAAUUUUGACACCGCGAGGAGGGCAUGCCUCUAUGGAUCAUGGAACUGACCAAUGGGUGAGAGAGGGGAGCCCAAGAGUUGCAACCGAUUUCAUGAAAGCUACUAAAUCAAAGUUGUCACUUGCCUCGGUUCAGAAUGGCGACGCAAGUGUUGAGCAAUACAGCCAGGAUUUAUUGUUUGAGAAUGCGAACAUGGGUACAGAAAAGAUGGAAAGAAGAAACUCAAAGAUGUAUAAAGAUCAGCAAUUGCAACAAAAAGGACCAACCAAAGUGUUCAGUCGCUCUUGGAGUUGCAAUGAGAUAUUCUGCCGGGAGACAAAGGUCAGAAGCUCUACAGCAUGAACCUAAUCUGACGUACAAGUGGGACAAUUAUCUCCUAGCUAGGAACUAAUUUUAUCACACUUAUAUGUACUUGAAAAGUUUGCGCGCGUGUGUGUGAUAGAGUUUUAUGUAUAUGUACCGGUCUAAAGUACUGUAUUUCCCUUGUUCUGCAGAGAUUCGAUUCAGGAAAGAAGUGGUAAUAAUUUCUCAA